AUGGAAAAUUGCAAAGGCAGAUCCACUCCAUGUGAGAUUAACUCAAAUAAGGUAAGUGAGGAAAAUUCAGUGCCAACUGACAACAGAUUGUACAGAGAGAUCAUAGGCAGUCUUGUUUACAUAAUGACUGCAACUAGGCCAGAUCUUUGUUAUAGUGUAACAAAACUCUCACAAUAUUUGUCAGCACCAACCAUGAGUCACAUAAACACUGCAAAGCAUGUAUUGAGAUAUCUCAAGGGCACAGCUAACAGAAGUCUAAUCUUCAGGAAAGCUGAUGAGCCACUGCACUUAGUUGGUAGUUGUGAUGCUGAUUGGGGUGCGUCAGAAGAUAGACGCAGUAUAACCGGGUACGGUUUCCACCUUUGUAGCAAAGGUCCUUUGAUUUCCUGGAAGAGUAGAAAGCAACCUACAGUUGCUUUAAACACAUGUGAAGCUGAAUAUAUGUCUUUAGCUUCAGCUGUUCAGGAAG